GAUCUGCAUCACGCAACUGGCUCAUUGCCAUGUGGCGCAGGGCUGUUCGAUCUUGCCAUGCCCAGCUGCGAUGCUUUUCCUACGAGAGCGAGAUGCACAGAACUCAGCCGGCAUUGCUGCGGGGAAGCUUGCCAGUGCACCCAGCUCCCCAUCAUCCCCACGGGCCGCUGUCCUUGCGCUUCGAGGUGUCGAGAGCCUCAACUGCCCGGGAUGAUUUGACUUUUAUUUGGAGCCACGGGCUCACCAGCUCGGUGGCCAGCGAAAGCGAAGGUGGCUGGCCCUUCGGCGGCGUGGCGGAGCUCUCGGACCUCCUGCCGGUGCUGCGCUUCGACGCCCGCGGCCACGGCCACUCCGACGCCAACGAGAACUGCACCUGGCAGGCCAUGGGCUCUGAUUUGUGCAGCAUGCACGAGAAGAUGAUGCCCGCCAGCCGCCUGGUCUUGGGAGGCACCUCCAUGGGUGCCGCGGCCAGCCUCUAUGCCGCCUUGCAGGCGCCCGAAAAGGUUGCCGCCUUGAUCUUGGCCACUCCGCCCACGUGCUACGAGACACGCCGGAAGUUCGUGCCGCUCUACGAGGAGAGUUUGCAGCUCGCUGAGUCCCGGGGACUGGCGGUGGCCAAGUCCGCCGCAGAAACCAAGGCUCGUCCACCAAUUUUCCUGGAGACGGCGUCCGGUCAAGCCUCCUUCGAGAUCGGCUGGCGCCAGAAGUUCGCCAUGGGCCAGCGCCGCUACUGCGCCGCCCUCCGCGGCGCCAUCGACUCGGAUCUGCCCAGCGCCGAGCAACUCGCGCGACUGGACAUUCCUGUCUUGAUCCUGGCUUGGAAAUCUGACGCGCAGCAUCCACUGGAAAGCGCUCAGUUGCUUCACGACAUUCUGCCUCAAGCUCAACUCUCGGUGGCAGAAUCUUGGGAAGAGAUCGAAGAAUUCCCAGCAAGGAUGCGGGAGUUUCUCUCACAUCUUGCAUAGAGAAAAAGAAACGCGUGUCGCUCCUGCAGCUAGACUGCCACGUCUUAUCGGUAAACUGCGAAAUGCGGGGGUUUUUGGACCUUGCAAAUGCCUAUUUCGACACAUGCCCACAUCGAUCUGUCCAAUCGGACAUGCAGGCUACAUGAUGAUGGUCAUCAAGCACUGGCAGAUAUGGUGAUUGCCAGCCGAGG